AUGCCCGGGAACGACUCAUAUAUAGAGCAAGAUGUUUUUAAACAAUCACUGUGUUUGACAGCAAUUUUCAUUAUUUUAUACGCGAUUGUGUUUUUCACUGGAAUCGGUGGAAACUCGUUAGUCAUAUAUGUUGUCUUGCGAAAUAAGGCAAUGCAAUCCAUAAUGAACAUUUUUAUUACUAAUUUGGCUGUGUCAGAUAUUUUGAUUUGCUUGUUGCCUGUUCCGGUAACUCCUUUGAAAUAUUUUAGACUUGUGCCUAUGACGUUGUGUGUACUGGUUUACGUAUCAAUACUUACAUGUACAUCACUAGCAGUCGGCAGAUAUUUUGCAAUCGUCUAUCCUCUCAAACCAAGCAUGAAAAAAGUGUGUCUGAUGUUGAUCGGUUCUAUCUGGAUGAUAUCCGUAGACUUGUCUCCUCUUGGAAUUUUCCGUCAAAUAGAAGAAACCUACAAUACAACUAUCUGUGUUGAAAUAUGGCCGAAUGAUGACACGCGUCAGUCUUUUGUGCUCAAGUCUUUUUUGCAAUAUAUAGUGCCCUGCAGCAUAAUAACUUACUGCUAUUUCAACAUUUCAUUAGCAUUACAAAAAAGAUCAAAGUCACCAAUUGUAAACGAAAGUCUCAUCUCUGAACAUAUUGAGAUGGAAAUAACCUUUAAAUUACAAGGUAAACCAUCAUACGGAAUAAACCGUGACUACCCGAAAGAAAUAGUGGACGCUCGGUCGAGAUUAUGGCCUGAAUACAAAAACAAAAAAAGCUUAAAUAAGAAGGGAACUGUGUUCAACGGAUUUCCUGCAAAAUUGAUAGUGAAAAAGAAGAUUGUUACGGAUGAAUUUCUGGACUGGAAAGCUGUCAUGGCAAUGAGCCGACCAACAACCUCCUACAGGUCGGACGCGAAAAACAGACAUCUGAACCGUAUCGUUGAAUCCGAAAAUUACCUCUAUAUGAACUCUGAUAAAUCAAGCGAGAACGAGAUCAGUUCUGAUGAUUCCGAUAGUGAAUCGGCUACGAGCGAUCGUAUGGACGCAUAA